AUGGCAUCGUCAGACUAUCUCGCUAUAGCCAAAGAUAUGGUCCCUGAGGUUUGCGACGAGGCCGAUCUCGACAGUGUUCGGGCUCUCAUUCUUUUAGCAUUGACUCUGCAAGGACAUUGCUUCUCCAACAAUGCAUAUCUACACGCCGGUUUGGCAGCGAGAGUUGCAUUUUCUCUCGGACUUCAUGUUGACAAGUACUCACUAUCGCAUGGCAUUGUCGACAAGGAGCAUGCGAGAGCCAUUUGGUGGACUCUAUACAACUUCGACCAAGAGAUAGCACUCAGAACAGGGAAACCUUGCAGUAUCUCCGAAGGCCUUAUAAACACUCCACCAGAAUUUCCAUCCGAGCAUAUCCUAAACUUGGGGCCAAAUAUGCCGUUCUCUUAUCUGCAAUCGUCAUCUUCGCUCACGAGCUUGACUAAGCGUACCACUGGCAUCUUGUACCCAACUUCAAUGUCUGGCCGUGUCAUCCUAUCACAAGUCUCAGAUCUCUUACUGUCUUUGGAAACGUGGUUGGCUGAGCUACCUUCGCAUCUGCUUCUCACAGAUCACGUUGCCACCCCUUACCGAAGAUGUAUCAGUCUGCUCCAUGUUCGAUAUUGGAGUGUUGUUGUCCUUGCAACUCGGUCAUUCCUUCUAUGCAGCGUAUUGCGGCGGGAAGAGUUGAAAGACCACGAUAAAAUGACAAAGUUUCAUGACUUGAGCCAUAUCUGCAUUGAAGCAGCCGAGAAAUCAUUCCAUAUCCUCCAGAACAUGCACCGGGACGGUACUUUAUCAAGUCGGCUCCCUCUAGACUUUAACUAUAUGCUGGAGCUUAUCCAGAUAUUCUUGACAGCGGAUGCAUUCUCUCAUCUAGAGAGACACAUUGAUAGUGUCAGGAAUCUUCUGCAAAUCCUCCAAUCAAUGGAUGCCGUGGGAUGGUGCGAGAAGGCGCUUCCAGAAGUUGAAGCGCAACUUCACAACAAUGGAUUAUUGGAGCCUUCCUGGGACUACAACACGAAUAUCCAAGAUUUCGGGUUCCUUAUUGGCCAGGGUGAGCCGUCGUUUGAAAAUUACGAACUGUAUGAUUGCACCAGCGUCAACUAG